AUGACGAAGAUGGCGGACAACGCAUCGUCGGUCGAGAUUGUUGAGGGCUGUCGCCUCCCCGUUCUUCGUAAAAACCAAGAACACGAGGACGAAUGGCCAUUGGCUGAAAUUCUGAGUGUGAAAGAAGUCUCUGGGAGAAAGCUCUACUAUGUUCACUACAUCGACUUCAACAAGCGUCUGGAUGAGUGGGUCACAGCGGACAGGCUGGACAUGAAGAAGCUUCAGUUCCCUAAGAAAGAAGCUAAGACGCCAACUAAGAAUGGUCUUCCAGGCUCCCGUCCCAGUUCUCCAGAGAGAGAAGUGAGGAAGAGUCUAGAUCUCAACCUACAAUCUGCCACAGCUCCCUCCAGAGGCAAAACCCUACCCACACCGCUGUCGGGCCAUGCUGAACUGCAUGGAAAUCCAGAUAUAAACAACCAUGACACAAUAAAAGAAGAUGAUGAUCCAGUCGUGCAGAUCAAAUCUGGAAGUGAUUUAACACACAGUGUAUCCAAAUGUUUGUCAGGUGUACGUACUGGACUUGUCAAGCCGCAUUUCAGCCUCAAAUCUUUAAAGAAAAGGAAAGUAGAAACCGUCCCCUUGGCGACUCAGGUAUCCCCGGCCACCCCCGUGCCCUCCCUGCCAAGUUCAGCUGAAGCCUCUCAGGCAUCUGUUUUUCCUGCUGUGAGGGAGACCAACACCUUUAAGUCCCGUGAAGACCAUGACCAGCUCUCCUCGCUCACAACAAACGGCACUGCCCGACGACUCAUCCCCUCUCAGCCCGGGAGGAAGAGGAAAGCUAAUUGUGGGGGUACUGACGAGAUGAUAAAGGUUUUGCAGUAUAACAACCCUCAAAGUGCCAGUGUCUUUCUACCACCACCAGAGGAUUCUCAGGACAGUUCGGAUGGCAUCCCAUCUGCUCCCCGCAUGACAGGCAGUCUGGUGUCCGACCGCAGCCAUGACGACAUCGUUACCCGGAUGAAAAACAUAGAAUGUAUAGAGCUAGGACGUCACAGACUAAAGCCCUGGUACUUCUCACCGUACCCACAGGAACUCACCACAUUGCCCAUCCUCUACCUCUGUGAAUUCUGCCUCAAGUACCUCAAAAGCCUGAAGUGUCUCCAGAGGCAUUUGACAAAGUGUAAUCUGAGACAUCCUCCAGGCAACGAGAUCUACCGCAAAGGCACCAUCUCAUUCUUUGAGAUUGACGGCAGGAAAAACAAAACUUAUUCCCAGAACCUGUGUUUACUUGCUAAGUGUUUCCUGGAUCACAAAACCUUGUACUAUGACACGGACCCCUUCCUCUUCUAUGUAAUGACAGAGUAUGACUCCAAAGGCUUCCACAUAGUGGGCUACUUCUCUAAGGAAAAAGAGUCAACUGAAGACUAUAAUGUUGCCUGCAUCCUGACCCUGCCUCCCUACCAGCGGAGAGGCUAUGGCAAACUGCUCAUUGAGUUUAGUUACGAACUGUCCAAGGUCGAAGGGAAGACGGGAACUCCUGAGAAGCCGCUUUCUGACCUUGGUCUUUUGUCCUAUCGCUCCUACUGGUCCCAGACCAUCUUGGAAAUUCUCAUGGACCUUAAACCUGACAAUGGAGAGAGGCCGCAGAUUACCAUCAAUGAGAUCAGUGAGAUCACAAGUGUAAAGAAAGAAGAUGUAAUUUCAACACUUCAGUACCUCAACCUAAUCAACUAUUACAAGGGUCAGUACAUCCUGACUCUUUCAGAGGACAUUGUGGAGGGCCAUGAAAGAGCAAUGCAGAAGAGACACUUGCGCAUAGAUCCUAAAUGCCUUCACUUCACACCCAAAGACUGGAGCAAGAGGGGCAAGUGGUAGAGUCCCAGCCUGGUUCACAGAAUACCCUCCCCAACUGCCAGAUCACACGCUUGAUGCAAGCAGUGGAUUAGAUAAUGGUUGUAAUCAAGCUGUCUCAUCAAGAACCUGGAAACUUUUUUGAAACCAGACCCAAACAAUGAACAUAGACUGUCACUUGACAAGAGUAAGCUUUUAUUGUGAAAAUUCAUUAUAUAUUGUGAAUAUAAAAAACACUCAAACUUGGAGACAACAGAGAGACAGUGAUGCCACCAAAAACCUCCAGAAACAAGCACACAAACUUCUACUGUGUAAAAGAUGAGGUUUAUGACCAAACGGCGUGUUCAAAGUGGAAUAUGGUGCCUGUUUAAUAGUGUAAAUUAAAGCUUAAAAUGGCAAAUGUACAGACAACCUAAUGUAAACAAGACGGUGGUUUUAUAGAUUAAAAAAAAAAAGUUCCACAGUUGAUUUCCUGGUCUCCACAAACAAGAUUUCUUUUCCUUAAAUUCAACAAGAAACGUUUUCCUUUUCUGCUUUGGCUGUCACAAACAUAACCGUGUGUGUUUUUGUCUACAUUAUUUGUAUCUGCCAGAAGAAGUACAAUUGCUAUGUUGUCAUCAGAUUCAUUUAUGUAUCACAGAAAGGUUCUUUGUAAAUGUAAUCCAACAGAAUUACUUGUUUGACUUUAUCCAGAAAAAUCACUUUAGUUUUUCAUACAACUCAUAUUUAAGAAACUUAAGUUGAUGGAAAAUGUACUAGAUUUGUAGCACUCGUUAGACAAUAAGACAAAUAAUGUCUGAAAAAACACUCCAUAAUUUAGUCUCCACUUUCUACUUUCUAAGGUGGUGUUUGUGUGUAAACAGGGAAAUAUACAAGGAAUUAAAAUUCAGUUCUGUUUUGGGGGUUGGGUACCUGCCCAUUCAAAUUCUCACCUCAACAUACAGAUAAUAUUUUUCUGUUUAUUGUGAUUCUCCUCGAGUGCCUGAAUUUUAAUCUCUCAACUAACGGGGAGAGCAGAAAUGUGCAAGUGUGUGUUAUAGGCUUCAGGUUAUUGUUAGUGUUGAGUAGAAGUCAAAUAUGGCUCACUUGUUUAAAGUGUAUAUAAAAUAAACAGAACUAUUUGGAAGCAGACGAAAAAAUCUAAACUAGACAUCGAAACCUACAGUUGUAACAUCGCUUAAAGAACCAACAUGGUCAGUUUACCUUUUACAACAGUGGCACUGUUUUUCACUUCAGUAUAUUUGAAAUAGUUUAAAGCAUUUGUGCUCGUUUGUGAUCAUUCAGGUGAAUAUUUCUUCUUUCAGAUAACCUGUCAUGAUCAUCUGUACACAGUGUGCAAUGAGACAAAUCAAUCCUCCGCAUAUCUUCCCUGUAAUUGUACAUACUGAACCUGAUUGUAAAAAAAAAAAAAAAAAAAAAAAAAA